CGUGCGGCAGAGGCGGCAGGACUGACUGGGCCAAAGCGGCGGUAUCCUCGCGGGCCGCCGGGAGCUUGCCAUGGCGGUUCCUGCGGCGGCCAUGGGGCCCUCGGCGCUGGGCCAGAGUGGUCCUGGCUCAAUGGCUCCCUGGUGCUCAAUGACCAGUGGCCCGACACGCUACGUGCUGGGAAUGCAGGAGCUGUUCCGCGGCCACAGCAAGACGCGCGAGUUCCCUGCGCAUAGCGCCAAGGUGCACUCGGUGGCCUGGAGCUGCGACGGGCGUCGCCUUGCCUCGGGGUCCUUCGACAAGACGGCCAGCGUCUUUCUGCUGGAGAAGGACCGGUUGGUUAAAGAAAACAAUUACCGGGGACAUGGGGAUAGUGUGGACCAGCUUUGUUGGCACCCGAGUAAUCCUGACCUCUUUGUCACUGCCUCUGGAGACAAAACCAUUCGCAUCUGGGAUGUGAGGACUACAAAAUGCAUUGCCACAGUGAACACUAAAGGGGAGAACAUUAAUAUCUGCUGGAGUCCUGAUGGACAGACCAUUGCUGUGGGCAACAAGGAUGAUGUAGUGACUUUUAUUGAUGCCAAGACACACCGUUCCAAAGCGGAGGAGCAGUUCAAGUUUGAAGUCAAUGAAAUCUCCUGGAAUAAUGACAAUAACAUGUUCUUCCUGACAAAUGGCAAUGGUUGUAUCAACAUCCUCAGCUACCCAGAGCUGAAGCCUGUGCAAUCCAUCAAUGCCCAUCCUUCCAACUGCAUCUGUAUCAAAUUUGACCCCAUGGGGAAGUACUUUGCCACAGGAAGUGCAGAUGCUUUGGUCAGCCUUUGGGAUGUGGAUGAGUUAGUGUGUGUUCGGUGCUUUUCCAGGCUGGAUUGGCCUGUGAGGACCCUCAGUUUUAGCCAUGAUGGAAAAAUGCUGGCAUCAGCUUCGGAAGAUCAUUUUAUUGACAUUGCUGAAGUAGAGACAGGAGACAAGCUAUGGGAGGUGCAAUGUGAGUCCCCGACCUUCACCGUGGCUUGGCACCCCAAAAGGCCUCUGCUGGCAUUUGCCUGUGAUGACAAAGAUGGCAAAUAUGACAGCAGUCGGGAAGCAGGAACUGUGAAGCUGUUUGGGCUUCCUAAUGACUCCUGAUAGGAGGCACUGGCAGAGGCCUUCCUUUGUGUAUUAGUUUGGUCUGUUCUCUUGGAACUGGUGGGCACCUCAAGUGUUUGAGUUGGUAAAAAUUAUACAAGGCUUUGUCAGUCUGCCUAGUAGAGUUCCCUUCUUGUAAUGUGAGCUCUUCCCAUUCUUCCCACUCUACAGGAAGGCCCUGCAUCAUAACACCAGCGUAUCUUGUCCUUUGGGGACCUCCUGUCUUCCUUGCUUUUGGAUGUAUGGUAGACUUUGUUGGGUUGGCUUCUGUGUGGACAAUAUCUGCUUUGGGGCAGUGAGUGAGGGAGGGUGAGAUGGGGAUGGAGAUUUUUUUUAUAAUAAAGAAAUGUAUAUACUUUUGAGAAUUGAUCAUUUAAUAAAACUUAAUUACAGGA